AUGAAGUAUAAGAAAAGAAACAUAAAUUCAGUAAUUGAAAAUAAUGUGGGUAAUAAAAAUUUAAAAUUAUACGAAAACAUUAAAAAUUUAAUUAAUUUAUUGCAUAAAUAUACAUCCAAUGAUAAUUUAGAUGAUAUAAGUGACUUUUUAGCUAGUUCUUACAAAAAUUUUUUAAUUGAUUCUAUAUAUGAAGAAAUAAAUUAUUGUCCAAAACAUGAAUUAAAUCAUUUAAUUUGCAUUUGUUUGGAUAUUAUAAAAAACAAUCACAAAGAAUUUAAAUACCAAAAUAUUUAUUUUAUAUGCUUGAAUACAUUAUUUAUAUUAUUAAAUAAAUCUUCUGAUAAUACAAAUUUUAUUGAAUUUCUGGUUUUUAAAAUUUUCCUUGAUUUAGUAAAUCAAAAUGAAUGGACAGAAUAUAAUCACAUUAAAAUAUUUGCAAAAUUAAAUUAUAUAAAUCUUUUUAUAAUAUCAAAUACUUUUGAAAAAUAUAUUUCAAAUGAUGAUUAUUUAUCUAUAUGUUCUUUUAAAAAAAUCAUAAAUAACACUUAUGUACAACGUUAUAUUGAUGGAGAAGAAAUUUUUAUUAAAAAUAGUAAUAUUUAUAAUAAAAAUGAAUUAAAUAAAAAUAUUAAGGAUGAUAAUGAAAAAAUAGAAAAAUAUUUUAACUUUAAUUUUUUAAUAAAAAAACAUAGAUUAAGUAACCUUUUCUCUGAAACAAAUCAUAAGAAUAUAAACAGUAUAAGUAAUUAUAAAUAUAACGAAAAAAGAACAUAUAAAAAAAUAAAAAUUUUUAAUUAUAAAGACAGUACAGAAAAUAAAGUUUUUUAUAUUAAUAAAAAAUUUACCCCCACAUCAAAUAUUUUAAGUGAUAAUUUAAUAUUAGAAAUAUAUAGAACAAUUAUUAAUUUAGUUGUAAGGUAUGAUUUGACCAUUUAUAUUAUUUAUGAAUGCGUAAAUAUAAUUUUAAGCAUGUGUAAAUUAUGCAAUCAAGAAUUAAUUGUUCACGAUUUUCUAUUUGUUUAUAAAUUUUAUAUAAAAAAUGAUAAAAAAUGUUCAGAAAGAUUUAUUAUGUUUGUUAUUCUUUUAAUUGGAAAAUGUCAAAAUAAAUAUCAAAAAAGUUUAUUUUUGAAAUUAAUAAAAUCUUUUAAUUCCUUUUUAUAUCUUCUUAAUACAAAAAAUUCAGAUUUAUGUAUGUUUACUAAAGAAGCUUUACUAACUUUAAAAUUUUUAAAAUUUGAAUUUAAUAAUGAAGAAGCAUUAUCAGAAGAAAAAAGUGCGCAUAUUAUAAAAGUAAAUAAGAAAUUAAAUUUAGAGAAUGAAUUUAUUAGAAUAAUGAAUUUAGUUUUAUUCCAUUUAAAUUUUAUAUAUGAUAUUAGCAAAAAAAAAAAAUUAGAUAGAAAGAUAAUAGAGCUUCAGUACGACAAUUUUUUUAAAAAUUUAGGUGAAGAUAUACUCCUGAAAAGUUAUAUAAAUGAAGAAAUUAAAAUAAAAAAAGAAAAAUUAUUUUUUAGUUGUGAAAAUAGAUUGAAUAAAAAUACAUUAAUUAUAAAUAAUAUAAGUGAAAUAGAAAAUAUAGUAAAAACAUUUGAUUGCUUUUUCACAUUUAUUCAUAACAUUAAGUGGUAUAUAUGCUUUAUUUUUUUUUUCAUAAAUACAUUAAAUUCAAUAGAAAAAAUUAAUGAAAAAUUAUCAUUUAGAUUAUCGAAAGAAUUCUUCUUUUUAAUAAAAAAUUUAUUUAUCCAAGCGACAUACGUGUUUGAAAUUAUAGAAAAAAAAGAAGGAAUAGCAAAUGAUGAAGACAUAAAUGUAAUUAUAGAUUCUAUCUAUAUUGAGAAUGAAAAAAAUUAUAAUAAAAGUAAAAUAUUAUUAUUAUUUGAAGAAAAAAAAAUUCAAAAAAUGAUUGAGAAUAUUAAAAUUAAAAGUAAAUUAAGAAAUGUCAAUUCAAUAUUCGUACUUCUAGAAGAUUUAUAUUUUGUAAUUAUUAAUUUUUUAAUGCCCAUAAAAAAAAAAUGGGUCUUUUUUGAUUCAUCAAAUUUCUAUUUUUUUAAAAAACUCUUAUUAAGAAUAUCUUAUUUUUAUUAUAAAAAUGUGAAAUGUGAACAAUUCAUUCAAAUAUUUUUUUUUGAAAGUUUUUUUAGUAGAAUAAAAAAAAAAAUAAAAUAUGAAUUAUAUAGAAGAAAAAUUGAUAGACACAUUUUUCGAAAUACAUUAUUGAUUCAAAACCAAAACAUUAAAUGGAUAGAUAUAAAAUCAAGAUAUAUAUCAUUAAAAGUUGCUGCUUAUUUUACUUUUUGUUUAGAUUUUUUAAAAACGGUUACCUUAUUUGAUGAGAAAAAUAAUGAUAUUUUAAAGAAUAGUAAAAACAAAAAAAGAAUUAUAAACAUAUGUAAAGUACAACUCUUAAAGUAUAAAUUCUUUUUGUCAUCAAAAACUUCAAAUAACUGUUUUUCUUUAUCUGUUGUCAUUUUAUAUCAUUUAUACUUAAAUAUUUAUAAAAAUAAAAGAAAUAAAAAAUUAUUAAAUGAUAUUAUUCUUUUAUUAUUUUUAUGUACUAAGAAAUCAUUAUAUAAUAUUAAAAAGGAAAAUGUAAUAUUUUAUAAUAAUGACUUAGUAAAAUCAAAAAAGUGUCAUAAAAAAAAGAGAAGCAUUAAUACUUCAUUAAGAGAAAUCAAUAAUGUAUGGGAUAAAGAAAAUAAAGGACAUAUUAUUAUUACGAAAAAAUUUGAAAAACCUUUUGAAGAAUAUUAUCUAAAUAGUUCUUUACAUAUUUUUAUAACAUGCUUAAAUACCAUAACGAACAUAAUUAAAUUAAACAUUAUAAAUAAUCAGAUUCACUAUAAAAAUAUAAUAAUUAAAAAAUCUAAAAUUAAAGAACAAAAAAAAAAGAAAAAGAAAUAUAAAAAAAAUAAAUCCAAUAUAACUUUAAUAAAUUACAAGUAUAUUAGAAAUUUAUGUAAUUAUAUCUUAAAAAAAACACAUAAUGAUUUUUUCUAUAGUAUUCGAAAAUAUAUUUUAAGUUUUAUACAACAUUUUAUUUCGCUUAACACUAUUUUAAUUUUAAAAUAUAAAUUUAAAAAUAGUUUGGAUAUUAAAAAGAUUAUUGAUUUUUGUUUAUAUAAUAUUUUAACAGAUUAUGAUUUGAACGUUUUUUCAAUAAUUUAUUCUAUUGCUUUUUCAUUAAAAAAAUAUAUAUCUCUUUGUGCUACAAAAAUUAAAAAAUCCAAUUAUUAUUUUACAUUGUGCGAUGAUUUAAUAUUUCAAAUUUUAGAUCACUAUUACACCUAUGACUACACUUCAACAAAUUUAUGGGAAGAAUAUAUUUCUAAAUUAGUAAGUUUUGAUUCUUUAAAACAUACAAUGGUAGAUUGUCCUGGAGAAUAA